AUGAGCUCUAGAAUCCACGUCCUACGCCUCUACAGGCGGUCCCUCAAGCUCGCGCUCGACUGGAGCGUACACCGGUACCUCUGGCGCGGACAGGCACUAUAUAUCCGAGAACUCUUCGAGGCAAACAAGAACAUCACGGAACCGCGACAGCAAAGAGAGCUGAUCAAGGAGACCGAGAACUUGCUCCAGAAGUGGAAGCACCCGGAUCCCUACCGUGCACCUACGGCACCUGGAGGUUCCAAGUACGAGCGCAACCUGCCUUGCCACAUAUUGGACCCUCCGCCGAAGAUGGUCUUGUAG